UUUACCUUGAAUUUUUUAUAAUUUUUCAUCUCGAUCCCUCAAAUAAAUACAGGAGGAUGUUAGAUUAAUUAUUAUUAAUGAUGGUUAUGGUGAUCUGUUUCUGUGAUGAUUAUACACACAAAAAUAAUGUGUCUAACAGACUAAUUUUAAGUUAAACUAUGGGUUAAAUGAAAAUUAUGGAAAUGUUUUUUCCGAGACCAAGACUUGCAGCAGCUCUAUUGGGUAUUUUAACAACUUUAAUAGUUUUGUAUUUAUUAAACACAAGCAAUAAGGAUGUAUACAUUAACAUAUUGGAACCAGGAACUUAUAGAAACAAUGACAAAAAUAUUAAAUUCGAAAUUUUUUUUGAUAUCAAGAAUUUCCACUACAUUUUGAAUGCAAGAAAAUGCGAAAACAAUACUAAAAUCAACGCACUAAUUAUUGUAACUUCAUAUUUCGGUAAUGUUGAAACAAGAAGCGCCAUGAGAAGAGCCUUUUCCGAAGAAGAUCUGAAACAAAUCAAUUUAAAAAGGGUAUUUCUACUCGGGGUAGCCCCUUCGGAUCAGUACACGAGACAGGUGUCUGUCCAGAACGAGAAUAAACGAUUUGGAGACAUUAUACAAGGAAAUUUUAUUGAGGCAUACAGAAAUUUGACCUACAAGCAUGUUAUGGGUUUAAGAUGGGCUGCACAGAACUGUUUUAAUGUUGAUUUUAUUAUAAAAAUGGAUGAUGAUACUGUUGUGAAUGUUGAACAACUUCCUAAGUUGUUAAAAUCCUUAAAAACUCCAAAAAGUCAAAAUUUUAUUGCAGGUUACGUCUUAAGAAACAUGCUUGCCAUAAGGGAACCAGCCAACAAAUGGUAUGUCACUCAAGAUGAGUAUAGUCUACCAAUGUACCCCACAUUUGUAUCUGGAUGGUUUUACAUAACAAACCCAAAUACUGCUGAAAAAAUUUACAAGUUAAGCCAAAUUACAAAAUAUUUUUGGAUAGAUGACACUUUUGUCAGUGGUAUUUUAGCACAAAAACUGAAAGUAAAACAUUAUGAUAUUAGUAAGUAUUAUGCUGAACAUUCCGAAUACAUGGAAUGUUGCUUGGACGACAUUAGAAGCAAAAACUUGAACUGUGAUGUUUUGGUAGGACCCAAUGGUGGGAACAAUAAUUUAUUUUAUGAAUUUAAUAAUGCUGUAGGUAUUUGCAACUUACAUUUGUGUAAAAAUAGAACGAAGCCUCUAAAAGAAACAUGUGUAGCUAAAAAAUUUGUACAUUUAGGUAGAGGCAAACCUCAAGUUCAUAAUUAUAAGUUACAUUGAGAAAUGUAUUAACUGACCAAAAAAAAACGUUUCCUUUCUGCUAUUUUUAAAAGAUAACUACGUACUAUAGAGAGCUUUAAAUACAUGUUUAACAUUUGAUGUCUAGGAUAUAUUUGUACUAAAAUUUUAAUUAUGUAGCCUGUGAGGCUAUAGUAUGACCAUGCGAACAGCAGAGGAGGAAAGGCAGCCUGCCAGAAUCCCUCGAAGGGAGCAGAGGAAUGCCUAAAAAAUGUAAUUAUUCAACUAAAAUUCCCAAUGUAGGUAUUUGCUACUUAUAUUUGUGUAAAAAUAGAACUAAACUUCUCACAAAUCGUGUGUAGCUAAAAAAUAAACUUUAAGUUCAUAAAAUUAAAAGCUACAUUGAUUCAUGUAAAUUUUGACCAAAAAAAAAUCUGUUUUCUUCCUGCCAUAUUUAAUUUAUAACUAUGUAUUAUAGAGAGCUUUAAAUUCAUGUUGUAACAUGUGAUGUUUAAUAUAAUAUAUAUUUUGUAUUACAAUUUUAAUUUUAUAUAUAGAGUAAUAUAUUUUUUUGAAUUG